CAAGAAUUUGGAUAAGCAACCAUUUCACCUUUUUCACUGGCGAAUCGGGGGACAGACCUACUUUACAGUUACUCCAGCCUGCCUGCGAUUAUCAUGGCAACCGUGCGGAUUCGUGCACCAUAGGCUUAGAGCAACACCGAGGAGACUCCACUAAAAACGGCACACCCCUAAUUGCACCGCUCUCCGGCCGCAUUUUCGUCUAAACCACAUUCAGUCUUGAGCAGGCGUAGCCUUUAUCCUUGACGGGUGACAAGCCAUGGACUACACUUCUCAAGCUCUCUGGAUCGCCCUCCCCGCCCUUGCCGCCGCCCUCCUCGCUUCCGCCAUGGGUCUCUUCAACAGAAAGAAUCACAUGCCCGUAGAUGGCAAGACCAUCCUCCUGACCGGCGCCUCGGAAGGCAUGGGCCGCAACGUUGCCCUCCAGCUCGCGGCAAAGGGCGCGAACCUCUUCCUCAUCGCCCGCAACGCCGCCCGCCUCGAGGAGCUCGUCACCGAGCUCAAGGCCGCCGCCAAGCACCCCGAGACCCAGCGCUUCAAGUACGUCACCGCCGACGUGACGGCCGAGGACUACGCGGCCCCCAUCAUCGCUGAGGCCACCGCCUGGAACGGCGGUCGCAGCCCCGACAUUGUUUGGUGCAUCGCCGGCAUGGCCACCACCGGCUUCUUCACCGACGUUCCCUUCUCCGAGACCCGCAGGAACAUGGACGUCAACUUCUACGGCACCGCCGAGAUGGCCCACGCCAUCCUGCGCGAGUGGCUCGCUCCCGACGCCCCCAUCGAGGAUGAGCCCAAGCACCUGAUCAUGACAACGAGUGUUGUUGCCUUCUUCACCAUUGCGGGGUACGCGCCGUACGCCGGCUCCAAGUGGGCCAUCCGCGGGCUGGCCGACACGCUCUCCCAGGAAGUUUUGUUGUAUCCCCAGAACGUCAAGAUCCACGUCGUGUUCCCCGGAACUAUCACCAGCCCCGGCCUGGAGAGGGAGAACGAGACCAAGCCUCAGAUCACCCACCAGCUCGAGGAGCUUGACCCCGUUCAGUCGCCCGAGGAGGUUGCCAGGCUAUCGAUCAAGGGCUUGGAGAGGGGCGAAUACUUCGUCACCGUUGCGUUCCUGGGCAGUCUGAUGAAGUGGAGCGGCCUCGGCGGCUCUAUACGGAACAACUGGGUAGUCGACACGUUCAUGAUCUGGGUCACAUCUUGGGUGUGGGUGUUUAUGCUACCUGACAUGCUGAGACAGUGCAAGAACUUCGGCAAGAAGCAUGGUCACCCGGCUACUUAUGGAAAGCCAAAGCCCAGCGCAUGAGGCAAAAUGACCCGCGAAAACACAAGAAAGGAAAUAGGCGACAGAAGAUACCCGUCACAUUAAUAUGAAGAAGAUUACUAAUGUUUCCCA